AUUCUCUCACACAUCGUCGUUUUCAGUCAGACCAACCAUGAGCUGGGAGCAAUACCAAAUGUAUGUGCCACAGUGCCAUCCAAGCUUCAUGUACCAAGGAUCAAUUCAGUCCACCAUGACAACUCCACUGCAAAGCCCCAACUUUUCACUCGAUUCUCCAAAUUACCCGGAUAGUCUUUCAAAUGGAGGAGGAAAAGAUGAUAAAAAGAAGUGCCGCCGUUAUAAGACACCGUCCCCACAAUUGCUCCGAAUGAGAAGAAGUGCUGCAAAUGAACGGGAGCGCCGAAGAAUGAACACGCUGAAUGUUGCCUAUGACGAGCUUCGCGAGGUUCUUCCUGAAAUCGACUCGGGGAAGAAGUUGUCCAAAUUCGAAACAUUGCAAAUGGCUCAGAAGUAUAUUGAAUGCCUGUCGCAGAUUUUGAAGCAAGACUCCAAAAAUGAGAAUCUCAAAAGCAAAUCCGGAUGAUCAUCUAUUUUUUAAAAUUUUUUUUUCAAUCUUUCAUUCGUCGUGUCUUUAUCAUUUCCUCGAUUAUGGGUGCUUUAGUUUUAUAUUUCACAAUUUAAGUUCACUUACUGAUAUUUCCUUUUUUUUUAAAUAAAACAAUUCGAAUAAACAAAA